AUGGCCGAAGAGACAAUCCACAGCGCACCCGACACUGCCAAGUGUCCCGACUCCGCCUACGGCUCGCCCGAUCUCUCUGAGUACGAAUCCGCUCCUGGAUCCUACUACGGUCCUGACUCCUCCUCAUCCGCCAGCUCCUCUUCCUCCGGUCCUUCGUCCUCGACCGCCUCUACCUGCCGGCCCUCGUCCUGCGGCGGCAGCGUCAACUUCCUCUUACUCGCCGACCCCAGCACCGCCGAGUAUAUGCCCCUCCGCAAAACCGUGUCCGCCGCCGUCGCCUGGCACGCCGAGCUCUGCCUCGACGUCACCGACCUGCCCGCCCUGCUCUCCCGCGGCCUCUUCUGGACCGUGCGCGACAUCGACCCGACCAAGAACUACUUUUCCUCGACGCCCCAGGAGCCCGCGAGGCCCCGCGGACCAGCAUGUCUCGGGUUCCCGCACUUUCGCCACUACGAGCUCGUCGACGGGACGGGCGAUGGCGACGGGGAGGAGGGGUCGAUGCCGCUGUGGCGCGGGACGUUGAGGGUGCACGCGCGGACCGUCCGCACGCUACGCGAGUUUAGGCCGGGCCGGCUGACGCUGGACAACGUGCGGUUCGCGGCGGCGAAGGAUCGACAGGGACGAUGGGUGUACAGGUUUGACAGCGAGAACAAUGACGCCUGCUUCAGCGCCAUCACGGACGACGCGCCGUUGCUGGGGUGGUGGCCGUGGCCGAAGGCUAAGGGCUCGCGAGGGGCGAUGUCGAAGAAUGAUGCUGAAGGUGUGGGAAAGGGAGCUGAUGAUGUAGAAACGGUGGUUGAUGGCGGUGCGUUACACGACAGACGCGUUCGUAUCGUCGGCGGCAACAUGUAG